AUGGAUAUUGGAGAACUAUUAUCCUUUAAGCCUGAGGCUACCCCUAAACGUUCGCACGACGACGAUGAAGACUAUUCCCCCGAAAAACCCACUCGGCAAGAGGAAAAGAACAGUAAACGUUUGAAACGUAUUGCCCAAGCCAAGGAGGCAGCUGAAUUUGCAAAACCGGAAGAUCCUCCCAUACCACAAUUGUCCGGCGUUGCUGCAGCCUUACUGGAUCCGGAACUAACAAAUGAGGAACGUUUGAAUAUUCUAAAAUAUGUUGAAAGUGAGGAGGCUGAGGGUGAUGUUUUAGAUGAGCAAGGGCUUAAGAAAUUACUGCUCGUAUUCGAAAAGAAAAAUCUGAAGAAUCAAGAGCUGCGCAUUAAAUAUUCUGAUAACCCUAUCAAAUUUAUGGACUCAGAAGUGGAACUGCAUUCCGUGAUACAAGAAUUGAAGGCAGUGGCAACGGUACCCGAUUUAUAUCCUGUUUUGGUAGAACUAAAUGGUAUACCAAGUCUUUUGGAGUUGCUAAACCAUCCCAAUACAGAUAUUGCAGUGGCUAUUGUGGAUCUGCUGCAGGAGGUUACCGAUGUUGAUAUAUUGGGCGAAAGUAGUGAUGGUGCCGAAGUCCUGAUUGAAGCGCUACGCAAACAACAAGUCAUUGCCUUGUUGGUGCAAAACUUAGAACGUCUUAAUGAACAAAUCAAAGAAGAAGCAGAUGGUGUCCACAACACCUUAUCGAUUGUGGAAAAUCUUACCGAAAUGAAUAAUGACAUUGUGGCCGAGGCAGCCCAACAAGGCCUUUUGGCAUGGAUAUUGAAACGGCUAAAACAAAAACCCCCUUACGAUGCCAAUAAAUUGUAUUGCAGUGAAAUUCUCUCCAUACUCAUUCAAACAAAUUAUGAUAACAAAUUAAUGUUGGGUGAAUUGGAGGGAAUUGAUAUCCUUCUACAACAAUUGGCUUUCUACAAAAAACAUGAUCCCUCCAGCACUGAAGAACAAGAAUAUAUGGAAAAUUUAUUUAAUUGUAUGUGUUCCGCAUUGAUGGCCAAAGAAAAUCGUGAAAAGUUCCUUAAGGGAGAAGGUCUGCAAUUGAUGAAUCUUAUGCUCAGAGAAAAGAAAAUGUCACGAAAUGGUUCGUUGAAAGUCCUCGAUCAUGCUAUGUCCGGGCCAGAUGGUCGUGAUAAUUGUAAUAAAUUUGUGGACAUUUUGGGUCUGCGGACUAUAUUUCCUUUGUUUAUGAAAACUCCGAAGAAAAGUAAACGUCUUUUGUCGGCUGAUGCCCAUGAGGAACAUGUUUGUGCUGUCAUUGCCUCAAUGUUGAGAAAUUGUAAGGGUGCCCAAAGGCAGAGACUGCUGUCGAAAUUUACGGAAAAUGAUCAUGAAAAAGUGGAUCGCUUGCUGGAGCUACAUUUGAAAUAUUUGGAAAAGGUGGAGGCGGUCGACAGGGAAAUUGAUCAGCAACCAAGGGACGAAGACCUCGAUGAAACCGAAGAAGCUGAACAAAAUUACCUCAAACGACUAACUGGCGGUCUAUUUACCUUACAAAUGAUCGAUUAUAUUAUUUUGGAGAUUAGUGCCACCUCCGAGUCCAUAAAAUCACGUGUAUUACAAAUAUUAAAUUUGCGUGGUGCUUCUAUGAAAACGAUACGCAGUGUUAUGAGAGAAUAUGCCGGCAAUUUGGGCGAUGACGGCGAUGCUGAUUGGAAGGAACAGGAAGAAAGUCAUAUAUUAUCAUUGGUCGAUCGGUUCUAAAUUAGCUUUAUUAAUAAUAAAAAAUAUAGUUUUUUAUUAA